GCUCUAUGCUAGAUGCGCGUGCAUGGGAGGGGAUUCGCCACAUAGCUUAACGUGAAAAUCAGUCGUAGCUAGCUGGCUCGCGAAGAAUCGUCACCGAAAUACGUCGUUGUCAAAAUGGCAGCUGAACCCGAGCGCUGGAUACAGUAGAUAUAGGAUAUUACCCACAUUAUUUUUCGUUUUUCGUUUAAGACAUUGGCAGUUACCUUCAUCAGAUCGCAACCUGUGAUGAUGUGUAGCUGAAAGACCGUGUAACCUCAUGACAUUUAUUUUUAACGUUAAUAGGCGACGUAGCCUGACAGGCGCUAGCUAGCUUCCUAGCUAGCGCCUGUCAACAAAGAACAAGGAAGAAAAAGCGUAUUGAAGGGGCAUGUAAAGAAGCAGCGUGUUCAGUGAAGAGGGCUGAUUCUUCAAGAACUGGACAAGGCAGGACGCAGGUGGAGAGAGAGGAAACGGGGUGUCCAGCACCGGACAGAUGUCCGGCUUCUAUUAUAACCCCGCCGGCCGCGGGGGCAACGCCAUGCGCUUCAGGAAGAGGAAGUCGCGCUUCACUUUUGCUGAGGUGCAGCUCCUGUUGAACGAAGUGAAGAACAACCGCCACAUUGUUAUAGGCAAGUUCAACAGGGGCGUCUCAUCAGAUGUGAAGAAGCGAACCUGGGCGGCGAUCACAGCACGCAUCAAUGAGAUCAGCGAGUGUCCACGUGAGGUCAUCGAGAUAAUCAAGAAGUGGUCAGACCUCAAAUGUGACACCAAACGCAAGGUCGCAGCCAUGCGUGCUGGUGGGGACGGCUCACUGCGGACUGGCAACUCACGCAUCGCACGGGACCUCUCACCAGUAGAAAACAUGGUGUACCAGAUCCUUCAGAUGCCUCCCCCAGACAAGAGGGUCUUUCCUGGUGGCCGGGCCAAUCUAGGGGGCAUGAAGGGGGUUAUGGGUAGUGGAGGCGGUGAGGAUGACGAGGAGGAAGAUGACAUCGUGCUGGGAAUGCACCAACCAUCCGCUUCUACCAGUGAUUCACCAAAUAGCAGGCUGGCUGGUCCUUCAGUAAUCCCCAAUUCUCUGGGUUUAACUGUGUCCAUGGCCUUACCCGCCUCCAUGCCAAUGUCAAUGCCCAUGUCCCAAAAAAGGGAGGCCAGCAUGUCCGCGCCAAUAUACGUCACAUCUCGAGACCCUCCACAGACAGCCUACGAUUUUCAAUAUGAAAUACCAGCAGCUGAAGACCAGGUUGUGGAGCUGGAUAACUCUGAUGAAGAGCAUCAAGAGCGAGUGCGACCUGCUGUAUUCAGAGCAACUCCUAUUCCUGUUGAGGACGAACACCUCCUGAGCAGCUUGCGCCACGCCACCACCGUUGCAUCUACCUCUUCAUCGCUAUCUGCCACAGCUGCCCCCUGCUCAGGACCAGGGCCUGUACUAGCACCUGUACCACCACCUCCAGCUGAGUCUUUCCCAGUGUCUUCUCCGGCUCCCAUGAAUGCUCGGGACAGACUGGCCCAGCACGCCUCCCUCAGUGUUCAGGAGCAGCGCAACACAAACAUUUUGAUGGAGACGGUGUCUCGCUCCUUGGAGAUGCUCUCCGAGUCGGUGCAGCAGUUGGUGGAGACGCAGCAGGAGUUCGUCCGCGACUCCUUGCGGCUACAGCGUGAGACAGUGUAUAUCCUUAGGGAUUUCUCCACCAGCAUCUUGGCAGUCAUGCGUGACAAGCUGAAUGGUAGGCCAGCACCUUGAUGAGCAACACCCUGCAAUGAGUUUUUCAGAAGUUCAUCUGCUCCACAAAGUUCAGGCAGUUUCUUAUACACUAAAACUAUUUGAUCAUUGAGGUGAUCCGUCAAGGUGUAAAAGUGAGAACCAGUGAUGACCAGUUCUGUUGAGAGCAAGUUAAGUUGUUUGAGGAAUUGGCUAUAGGGUCACGAGUCAGGGUUUUAUAUAUGAAAGAUUACUUGAGUUGCUUCUCUUAGGCAGAUUUGUUCUCUAAUUAGUCAGUGUUACUGGAUAACACAAGAGUAAAUUUGAUUUUUUUUUUUUUUACUUGCUGUCUGGCAUUUGCACUAGACAAAAUAUCCAAAGCUUUGGAGAAACAACAGCCAAUGGAACUUUAGUAUGUUUUAUUGUUGUAAUAGUAGUAAACAAUACUAGUAGUAAAAUCACCACUUGCAUUAUAUGUAUGCACAUAUAGGUUAAAUUAUUUUGUAAUUUCAUUUACAGCCCUCAGAUAAGUAAAAAUAAUUGUAAGCCA